CCCCCUGCCCGUUGCUGCCCCUCCCCUUGCCCCUCAACUCCCCUGCCCCCCGUACACCCCAAGUCCCAUCCAAACCGCCCCCCACCCUCCCCCGGCUGCCCGUUUCCAGCCUCUCCACCCCCCGCGACCGGUGUGCGGCUUCCAAUCCGCCCCAACGGUGUCACAACCCCCUGCCCCCUCAUGCCAUCCGCUCCCCCCGCCCCUACCCUCCGCGUGCCCGCCGUCCCUUGCCGCCUCUUUUGACCCUCCCUGCCCCCCUCGCCGUUUCCCACCGCCCGCCAUUCGCUCCUCCCCGCCCGUGCGCUCCCCUCCUUUACCUUCUCCUCCCCCCCUCCCCUCCUCUGCUGCACGCCUCUUCCUUCCCCUCGCCGACCCACUCCACUCCCUGCCCCUCCUCAAUCCGCACCCUGCCCCUCGUAUCUCGCCCCCCUAUGCUUGGUUUCUCCCCUCCCUGCCCCUCGCCGCCUUUCCCCGCUCCCCACCUCCCCCCUCUCCCUGCCCCCCCACUCUCCCCCCCCCUUGUCCUUGGCUUCCUACCUCCCUGCCUCACCUUUCCCCCCUCCGUGUGCUCAGCUUCUCCCCUCCCUGCCCCUCCCUCCUCCCCGCCCUGCCCCUCAUUUUCCGCCCCCCCCCCCCCCACGCCCGGUUUCUCCCCUCCCCGCGCCUCCCUUUCUUUCUCCGUGCCUCUCCUUUGCUCCCUCCCUGCCCCCGCCUGCCCAUGCCCCUGUCUUUGGCUUCUCCCCUCCCUGCCCCACGUUUCUUCCCUCCCUGCCCCCCCGUCUGCCCCUCCCUUGUUUUCCCCUCACCCAUUGCUUCUCUCCUCCCUGCCCUUGAUUUCCCACACCCCUGCCCUCGUUUCCUAUCAUCCAUGCCCCUCGUUUCCCCCCUUUGUACGUUCAGCCUCUUCCCUCCCUGCCCCUCCCUUCCUCCCCCCCUGCCCUUUGCUCUCCCCUCGUUACGCUCCCUUCUCCCCAUCCCUGCUGCCCUCUUACCACCAUCAGCCCAUCCCCACGACCAGCCCCCCUCCCACCCUUCAAUCCCCCCCUCCCUCUCUCUCUCUCUCUCUCUCUCUCUCUCUCUUUCUCACACACACACACACACGCACACUCCCCUCCCCCACCCCCCCCACCUACAUCCUCCCAUUCUGCCCCUCCCUGCCCCUUUCCCACCCCCUCGCACGCCCCUCACCUCCCACCUCCGUGCAACUGGUUUCCCCCCUAUGGUGCCACCCUUGCAUCGCUCGCCCCUCUGCUCACCCUCUGCCCGCCCCUUUUCCGUGCCCUCAGUUGGCCCAGCCCCUGCCCGUUGCUGCCCCUCCCCUUGCCCCCUCAACUCCCCUGCCCCCCGUACACCCCAAGUCCCAUCCAAACCGCCCCCACCCUCCCCCGGCUGCCCGUUUCCGCUCUCCACCCCCGCGACCGUGUGCGGCUUCCAACCGCCCAACGUGUGGUGCGCACGGGGCUCACACCCCCUGCCCCCUCAUGCCAUCCGCUCCCCCCGCCCCUACCCUCCGCGUGCCCGCUCCCUUGCCGCCUCUUUUGACCCUCCCUGCCCCCCCUCGCCGUUUCCCACCGCCCGCCAUUCGCUCCUCCCCGCCCGUGCGCUCCCCUCCUUUACCUUCUCCUCCCCCCUCCCCUCCUCUGCUGCACGCCUCUUCCUUCCCCUCGCCGACCCACUCCACUCCCUGCCCCUCCUCAAUCCGCACCCUGCCCCUCGUAUCUCGCCCCCCUAUGCUUGCUUCUCCCCUCCCUGCCCCUCCCUCCUCCCCGCCCUGCCCCUCAUUUUCCCCCCCCCCCCCACGCCCGGUUUCUCCCCUCCCCGCGCCUCCCUUUCUUUCUCCGUGCCUCUCCUUUGCUCCCUCCCUGCCCCGCCUGCCCAUGCCCCUGUCUUUGGCUUCUCCCCUCCCUGCCCCACGUUUCUUCCCUCCCUGCCCCCCGUCUGCCCCUCCCUUGUUUUCCCCUCACCCAUUGCUUCUCUCCUCCCUGCCCUUGAUUUCCCACACCCCUGCCCUCGUUUCCUAUCAUCCAUGCCCCUCCCCCUGCCCGUUGCUGCCCCUCCCCUUGCCCCCUCAACUCCCCUGCCCCCCGUACACCCCAAGUCCCAUCCAACCGCCCCCACCCUCCCCCGGCUGCCCGUUUCCGCUCUCCACCCCCGCGACCGUGUGCGGCUUCCAACCGCCCAACGGUGGUGCGCACGGGGCCAUUACCGCCCCUCUCCCCUUAUCCCCCACCACGCCCCCAAGCAGGCCUUUCUCCCCCCAGCCUCCCGUCUCCCUGCCCUUAGUACCGCCGCGCUCUGCCCGUGCGUCACCCUUGCCCACUUCAUACCACCUCCCCCUUCUCCCCCCCCCCCCGGCUUCUCCCUAUCAUCACCCGCAUGUUCCCCCACUCCCCUGUCCACAACGUCCCUCCACCCCCCUUCCUGCUUUCCCCACUCCCACUCUGCCCCCCACACCUCUACGAGCCGUACUUCCCCCUCCAGCCUCCCUUUCCCCCCCAGCUACUUCCGCAUCCAGCCCACCUACCCCAGCCUCCCUCUACCUCUCCCUAACUCCACACCGCCGUUCCUACCCCCAGCCAAGGUCUACACCCCUUGCUUUUGCUCCCUGGGCUGUGCCGUCCCCAACCUCCCUCCGCCUUUCCGCGGCACCAGACCGCCUCUCCCUCCCCCAGCCAACUUUUGCACCCCCUGUUCCUGCCCCUUGUGCCCUCCAACACCCUACCUCAACCCCCCCCAGUCUCCCCCUUCUCCAACACCCUCCAUAUUUCCUCCCCCCUGGGGCUCGCCCAUCCGCAGCUAUCACCCUUCAUCGAUUCCCCAAUUCCCUCUGUCCCCUGUUUCCCGGCCCCGCAUCCUAUCCUGCAUUUACCACAGCACCUCCUUUCGGUGCCCUCUCUGCCCUCCCACGUUCUCACCCCCCGCCUCCCAACCUUCUCAUUACCCGCUACCAGGCUCACGCCAACUCGACUACCCACUACCCUUUGCCCCUUCCUCUCUGUUCCCCACCCUUCCUUUCCCACCUGGCUCCACCUGCCCACCCCCACCUCCCGUGGAAUUCUGCCCUGCCCUCCCCACCUCUGGCCCACCACCUGUCCCCACACCCUGCUCACCCACCGCUACACCACCCCCGCCCCCCCACCUCCACUACAGCCCGCCAACACUUCCCCUCUCAAUCGGCCCCCAGCCCGCCCCCCCCUUGGGCCCCAAUCCCCUCCAACUGUCAGGCCCCCUCUACCCUCUCUUCCACCCACUGCGCACCGCUUUCCCCACCCUUUUCCCCUUUCCCCAAGCUAACCCCCCGCACCCCGGCCUCUGCCAGGGAGUUCCUUCCCCCUUUGACGCCCUCUUGAGCCAACCCCAGCAACUCACACCGCCACCGCCAGGCAUGCUGCCUCUAGCCAGGGGGGAACUUGCAGCUGACACUGCACGGGAAGGGGUAAGUGAGUUUGUGUGUGAAGGAGCAGCAGAGGCUACAGAGGAUGGGGCAGCAAAGGCUGCACGGGAAGGGGCAAUGGGGGUUGUGGGGGAAGGGGCAGCAGAGGCUGCAGAGGAAAGGGCAGCAGAGGCUGCAAGGGAAGGGGCAGCAGCGGCUGCACGGGAAAGGGCGGCAGGGGCUGCACGGGAAGGGGCGGCAGGGACCGUGACUCUGGCCAGGCAAAGGGCAGAGGCCAUGGAGACAGGUUUUGCAGGAGUAGGGGCCACGGAACCUGCUGCUGCGUCGGCUGGGGGAACCGCAGCAGAGGAGGCUAUAGGGACCGCACCAGGAGCGACAGAGGCCACAGCGGGGGCUGGUAUAGGGGGAGGUGCUACGGGUGCAGCGGGGAAGGGGGUAACGGGGACUGGUGCGAGGGAGAGUGCCGCCCCGGCUGUAGCAAGAGAGGGUACGGCAGGGGCCUCAAAGGCAGAAGGUGAGGCUGCAGCUGAAGCAGCAGGGAGGGCCAUAGCACGGCCAGUAGGGGCGGCAGGGGCCGCAGCAAACUCGGGGAAACACACAGCAGGGCCGGCAGGGCCGGCAGAGACUGCAAAAGGGGCUAGCAGUAAAGCGGCAGCAGGCGGGGUGGGCUUGGGGGACAUAGGGGCAACAGGGGAAGGAGAGGGGAGGGUGGUCCCGACCGGGGUGGGCACUGAAGAGGGGGAUGUGAUAGCGAUAGAGGAGGAUGAGGGAGAGGAUGUGAUGCACAUUGACGGGCCACUGGCCCAAUACCUCACGCUUGACGGUGAGGCCGACCCGGCCCCCCUGCAGCCUCACGUCGAGGUUCCCCCUCUACCCCCCAUGCCCGUCCCCAUGCUAGCAGAAGGACCGAUGGAGGGGCUGGGGGAGACCUUGAGGACAGAGCCGCGCGAGGGAGCCCCCAUCCUCACCUCCCGUCCUCCAGCCCACCAGCCCCCAGGAGCACCACUUCCCCACCCCCACCCUCAGGUCCCGGUAGUGUCCAGGGGGGCAGCCAAGGCCCUGGCCUUCUUGGCGGAGCCGUGCUCCCCGACCCCCACGCUGCUCCAUGGCCAGCCCCCCUCUCCGUCCCCAACGCCUGACCCCACGGUUGCAGGCGGUCCACCGGGAGAGCACGCGGGUGCGACAAGAGCAGAGUCACCCGAGGGCACCCCUUCUCUCACCUCUCACCCCUCCCCGCCCCUUCCCUCACUCCUUCCUUCACCCCCAAGGGCAGCACACCUCUGCCCCCACCCUCAGGGGCUCCUUAGAGCACCACGUGGAGCAGCCAGGGCUCUGGUCUUCCUAGAGGAGCCAUGCUCCCCGACUCCUACCAACACCCAGCCACCCCUUACCGGCCCACUACCCCCUCCUCCACCAGGCCCCCCCCCACCCGGUAGUACACACAUCUCGGAGGUUGAAGCAUCUCUGCGGCCAAAUCCCUCUCCCACACGCUACAGGCACCCAAACCACCCGAGUCGCCGCACAGCCCCAACACGCCCACCCAACAGGCUGCCCUCCCCACACCACCCCCCCCAGGCAGCCGAGACCCACCCGCAAGGGCUUGCGCCCCAGGCUCAUGGGAGCGGCGGCACCCGGGUAGAGGGGCCCACAGGAGAGGCCACCACAGAGCCCACACAAAUCUCUCUCCCCCCACCGUUUGUACCUCGCUCUAACCUCCACACUGGCCCAGCCCCUCGACCCCCACCUCCAACCCCCUCUCCCGGCCGGGUUCCCCACGAGUGGCCCCGUUGGGCAGCCAUCACCCCCCACACACAGCUUGCCCGAUCUGUUCCCACGGAGGGGGAUGUUUCGAGGAGAGUGGGGAUGCACACAGAGCACCCCCUGCCUGGCGAACCACCCAUCCUCCCUCCACCCACCCCUUUGGCCCCACAGCCCCCCCUUCCUUCACAAACAGGCGCGGACAACCAGGUUGGCCGCCGGCGGAAGAACAGGGGCAGAGGAGGCAGAGGGUCAGCCCACGUACUCCCCCCUCCCUCCCUCCCCCACCAAGAGCCCCUCCCCACCUCACAUCCCGUUGAACAAUUACCAGGCCCUACCUCUACAGCCCGUCCACCAAACCUACACUCCCGCCCCGCUCCUGCACCUCCACAGGGCCAUGGGAGCGGACCAGCCCACUCACCCCCAUUCUGCCCCUCCCGUGCUGUGUCCCCCUCCCAGGUGGCGGCGGCCGCGAUCGCUACUGGGAGGGGGGCCGUCGGGUUGAGGGAUGCGCCCAUGGCAGACGCCACCGACUCCCCCUCCCAUCCCUCCCACCCCUUCCAUGUCGACGACCCCCUACCGCAACCCAUGGUGAUUGGGGAGGGCCAAGGGGGCCUUCUAGGGCAGGGUCCACACCCGAGCUCCGCUCAGCCAGCACGCCCCACUCCACCCUCUACCCUGCCAGCCCUCCUACUCUCACCUACAGGCAGGCAGGUCUUCGAGACCCCAGAGGAGGUGAGGGCUGGCAUUUCAGAUUUGCUGGCGAUACACCGCCUGAGCAGCUCUCCGGCUGCCCCCACCCUUCCAGUCCCACAGGACCGGACCCGGACGUAUGCGGAGGUCACCCGGUCUGUCCCUUCUUUUAUCCCCCCCGCCACUCAGCCAGGCGCGUCACUCCCGACCCCAAUGGAGACGGACCGGGGUCUGAGGCCGUGUCACUCGCACCUAGACGGGGUGGCGCCUCCCCCCGUUCAGCCCGUGGCGCAGGAGGUCACCAGCAGUAGGGAUGAGGCAUCCGCCCCUACCGAGACCCCUCCGCCUGGGGUAGCAGAGCCGUCACUUGAACCGCACCCCGCCGAGGGGCAGGAGCACACCACGGCACACACUUCAGGCUCACCUCCACGUCCCCCCUCCCCAGCUUCAACACCGGUGCCGGCACGAGGCCCGGCCCUAUCCUGUGCGACACCACCUCUAUCUUCGCUGACACCCCCCCCGCGCGGGGCUGGUGAGUCGUCUCCUCCCCUCAUCCCAGGCGAUCCUGUCGGAGCUCAGGCCGCCCACGGGGUCCCCUCUACAGCCAGUUCCGACGCCACGGCCCCGAUUGACCCCGCCGACACGGCGACAUCACCCGACCAGGUCGUGAGUUGCCCCACCUGCAGGAGCUCUCUCGCGAACCGACGCGCGCUCCAGCACCACAUUCCCUUCUGCCAUCCUGCGGACGCGGCUCGCAGGGCGCAGGCUGCCCAUGAUACCGCCUCGAUCAUCCCUUCCCUCUCACAGCCCCGUGCGACCGGGAUGCAGUUCACCGACGCACAGUGGCAGACGCUCGACUCGGUGGACUGGACAGAGUACUUCUCGCCCGAGCGUAUCCAUACACGCCCUCUCCGACGUGUCCCGGAGAGGGUCCGCGGAGGAUAUCUUGACGUCCUCAGUGCGAUCCUAGUCCGCAUUGCCCAGGACCCGGAGGCUGCUGGCCCUACCUUCCUCCUCGCUGCAGCGCCGACUCUUUUCCUUGUUCCAGCGACGCCACCCGACCGCUCGCACACGGCUGCCAUUGCAACGCGCAUCUCUCGCUUUGGUCGAGGUGAGUGGGCUGAGCUAGUCUCAGAUGCACUAGGCCGUCGCACACCCCUUCCUCGCCGCACAGGUCACCGGUCACGCACCGCCACCGAUCCCUCUGCAGCAGAUGAGCGCCGCAUUGCACGUUGCCUUCGUCUGGCAGCGUGCAAUGAGACCUCACGGGCGUGCGCGGCUCUCGAGUCCGCGGAGGCAGCCCCAGAUACACAGGGGACGAUACAGCGCCUGCAGUCGAAGCACCCCAACGCGGAGAGGCCGACCCCAGCUUGGCUGUCUGGCUUCCAGGGGUCCCCUCUCGUGCUCUCGGUGGAUCACUUACGCCGCGCGAUUUUCACAGCUCCGCGGGGCUCUUCGGGAGGACCGUCCGGUUGGGUCGCUGAGCACCUGCGAGACACUUUCCUAGCUUUCCCUCAGAGUCUCCAUUUCCUCCUGGCCGUGUACCAGCAGUGGCUCCGAGGCCGUUGCGCUCCAGCUGCGCGCUCCUUGCUAGCGUCCUCCACCCUCGUGGCUCUGGCGAAGUCGAACAUGGAUGUUCGGCCGAUUGCCAUCGGCGAGGUUUUGGUCCGCAUUCUUUCUCGGGCAGUUUGUCUCCAGCUACGUGACCAGAUGGCGAGGGUCUUCUUGGCAUCACAGCAGUUUGGGGUGGGGGUUACGUGCGGGACAGAGGUCGUAGUUAGAGGCGUCCGCCGCGCUCUGGCUGACCACCCAGACUGGGUGGUCCUGCAGCUAGACGUGGCGAAUGCCUUUAACUCUUUCCACCGAGACAGGAUGUUUCAGGCGCUGCAGGCCAGUCCGGAGUUUCAGUGUCUGAUCCCCUUCAUCGGCCUCUUCUACGGGACGCCCUCGGAUCUCCACUACAGGUCAGGCACGGGAGUGGUCACGAUGCACUCGGAGCGGGGCACUCGCCAGGGAGACCCUCUCAGCCCCUUCUUGUACGCUCUGACACAGCGUCUUGCUUUGGAGCCGGUUCUGGCGGAGGGGGAUGUCCAGCUCUGGUCGUACGCCGAUGACACGUACGUGCUAGGUCCCCCAGACAGGGUGCUGCACCAUUUUGCCGAGAUCGUGAGGCGCUUGGGCGAGAUGGGCCUUGCAGCCCAGCCGCACAAGUGCCUCGUCUACCAGACAGAGUCCUUUCUGUCCAGGGAUCUGGAGGCUUUCACGGGCCUAGGGAUCGAGGUCGCACGCCGAGGGCUCACCGUGACAGGCGUACCGGUAGGCACCGUUUCGUUCGUGGAGCAGAGUCUCCCGGAUCGUCUCGAGAGGAUGGGGCGGGUGCUACCUUGGCUUCCGAGGUUGCGCCAGCCCCAGACAGCUGCCCGCCUUCUUUCGGCGUGUGUCAGCACUCGUCCGCAGUACCUGUCGAGGACCGUCCCUCCUUCGCCCGCAGUGAUCUCCAGUUUUACACGGUGGGACGCACGCCUGGGAGAGACUUUUCAGCAGCUUUUAGCUUCAGGGACCUGGGCUUGUCGCGAGGACGUCCGAGAGGCCGCCCUAGACCAGAUCUUCCUCCCCAUCCGUCUCGGGGGUUUCGGCAUUCGUCGCAUGGCGCGCAUGGCCCCGGUGAGUUUCGUGUGCUCCUGGGUGCAGUGUGCACCCAUUCUCUGUUCUCUCCCUGCGUGUGGCGAGGUGUUUCGGCAGAGCUUCGCUUCAGGUGAGCCAGAGCAGAUCGACCGGGCUCUGCAGACGGCGCUAGAGGGUCUCCCUCCUGACGUUCUCUCUCUCCUUCCCCCCUGGCCCUCUUGCGCUUCUGCCUCCCCCGAUUCCCUUUUUGCAGGAGCGAGCCGUCUUCUGGAGGCGCAUGCCUUGGAGGCCGUGCGUGCCCGUCACACCUCUCCCUUGCACCUUGCCCGUUUGACUUCCCUUCAGGGCGGAGGUGCAGGAGCGUGGUUGACGUCGGUGCCGUACGCCGACCCACUGCGCAUCCCGGAGGCGCUGUGGCAGGCGGCUUCAUCUUCUCGUCUUGGUCUCCCUAUCCCCCAGUUAGCCCUUGCAGGUCAGUGCUCCUGCGGACAGGCGAUUGACGACAUGACGGUGCCUCAUCACGCGGUUCGGUGCCCGCGUUACGGGGUCGCCACUACCAUCCACGACACGGUGAAGUACAUGCUUCGAGACUUUGCGGUCGAGGCGGGCUUCGCGGUAAAGGUGGAGGACUCUACGCUGUUCACACAGUUGGAGGCGGCUCGAGCGAGACUACUGGGACAGCCAGUGGUGGGAGAGGGGACACGGGCUGAGGGACCGGGGGAGCGGAGAGGCGAGGCGGGACAGCCGGGUGGCGGGGGACAGUGGGGACGGCACCAGCUGCGGGGUCAGGUGGAGCGAGGGACAGGUGGGCAGAGGGGACGGCAGGGGGAGCAGACGGGCCAGGACGGGGAGGGGGGACGGCACAGGCAGCAGCAGGAGAGCCAGUGGAGGCCGCGGGCCCAGGGCGCCGCGCCUCCAGGUUCGGCCUCGGGGGCGGGGCAGGGGCGGGAGCAGCAGAGAGCGGACGGAGGUACAGGAGGGGCAGCGGGAUUGGGAGGGGAGGGCCAGGGAGUGAGAGAGGCAGCAGGGGAUGGAGCAGGGGGGUCGGGAGGUUUGGGGGAGGGUAGGGAGGGGGAGGGGAGAGGACAGGUGGAUGGAGGAGAGGAGAGGGGGAGAGAGACGAUCGGAGAGGGGGCACCAAGGGACCAGACAGGGCAGCAGCCAGCGCAACAGCAGGGACCAGUCGGACGCACAGGCCGUGUAGGCACCGCCUCCCGCAUUCCAGACCUCACCUGCCGCGACGUUGGCCAGGGUCUGAUGGUUCUUGUGGAUGUCUCCAUAGCGGAUCCACAGCGGGAGGGGAACGUGCAGCUGAGACGGGCGACCCCCACACAGAUUGGAGUGGCAGCAGCUAGGCGGGUGCAGGAGAAGCUGCGUCACUGGGGGCCGCACUUAGAGGGGCUGCAGCCGGCACCACACUUUUACGCGUGCGUGGCGGAGACCUUUGGCCUUCUGAGUGAGCCGCUGCGUCAGUUUCUGGGGCUCUGCGCAAAGAGGAUAGCACAGCGGAGGAGGGAUAGAGGUGGGGGGGAUGACGGAUCGGCACGGAUAUUUGAGGCAGGACUCACUACACGCCUCUCCGUUGCACUGCAGCGCGCGCAGGCUCAAUGCAUGAUCCAGCAUGCGGUGCGGCAGUUAGGGAGGUCCGACGACGGGUGGAUGCCCGCACCAGUCCCACUGGGUGCGGGGCAGGGAACUUGGCACCACGUCACAGGGUGCUUCGAGAGUUCACACCCCCUGCCCCCUCAUGCCAUCCGCUCCCCCCGCCCCUACCCUCCGCGUGCCCGCUCCCUUGCCGCCUCUUUUGACCCUCCCUGCCCCCCCUCGCCGUUUCCCACCGCCCGCCAUUCGCUCCUCCCCGCCCGUGCGCUCCCCUCCUUUACCUUCUCCUCCCCCCUCCCCUCCUCUGCUGCACGCCUCUUCCUUCCCCUCGCCGACCCACUCCACUCCCUGCCCCUCCUCAAUCCGCACCCUGCCCCUCGUAUCUCGCCCCCCUAUGCUUGGUUUCUCCCCUCCCUGCCCCUCGCCGCCUUUCCCCGCUCCCCACCUCCCCCCUCUCCCUGCCCCCCCCACUCUCCCCCCCCCCUUGUCCUUGGCUUCCUACCUCCCUGCCUCACCUUUCCCCCCUCCGUGUGCUCAGCUUCUCCCCUCCCUGCCCCUCCCUCCUCCCCGCCCUGCCCCUCAUUUUCCGCCCCCCCCCCCCCACGCCCGGUUUCUCCCCUCCCCGCGCCUCCCUUUCUUUCUCCGUGCCUCUCCUUUGCUCCCUCCCUGCCCCCGCCUGCCCAUGCCCCUGUCUUUGGCUUCUCCCCUCCCUGCCCCACGUUUCUUCCCUCCCUGCCCCCCGUCUGCCCCUCCCUUGUUUUCCCCUCACCCAUUGCUUCUCUCCUCCCUGCCCUUGAUUUCCCACACCCCUGCCCUCGUUUCCUAUCAUCCAUGCCCCUCGUUUCCCCCCUUUGUACGUUCAGCCUCUUCCCUCCCUGCCCCUCCCUUCCUCCCCCCCUGCCCUUUGCUCUCCCCUCUUGGCCCAGCCCCUGCCCGUUGCUGCCCCUCCCCUUGCCCCCUCAACUCCCCUGCCCCCCGUACACCCCAAGUCCCAUCCAACCGCCCCCACCCUCCCCCGGCUGCCCGUUUCCGCUCUCCACCCCCGCGACCGUGUGCGGCUUCCAACCGCCCAACGGUGGUGCGCACGGGGCGUUUCUUCGCAUGGGCAAGCCUCCCCGGGGGCCCCCCACCCCGCUGGGGUCGUUUCACACCCCCUGCCCCCUCAUGCCAUCCGCUCCCCCCGCCCCUACCCUCCGCGUGCCCGCUCCCUUGCCGCCUCUUUUGACCCUCCCUGCCCCCCCUCGCCGUUUCCCACCGCCCGCCAUUCGCUCCUCCCCGCCCGUGCGCUCCCCUCCUUUACCUUCUCCUCCCCCCUCCCCUCCUCUGCUGCACGCCUCUUCCUUCCCCUCGCCGACCCACUCCACUCCCUGCCCCUCCUCAAUCCGCACCCUGCCCCUCGUAUCUCGCCCCCCUAUGCUUGCUUCUCCCCUCCCUGCCCCUCCCUCCUCCCCGCCCUGCCCCUCAUUUUCCGCCCCCCCCCCCCCACGCCCGGUUUCUCCCCUCCCCGCGCCUCCCUUUCUUUCUCCGUGCCUCUCCUUUGCUCCCUCCCUGCCCCCGCCUGCCCAUGCCCCUGUCUUUGGCUUCUCCCCUCCCUGCCCCACGUUUCUUCCCUCCCUGCCCCCCGUCUGCCCCUCCCUUGUUUUCCCCUCACCCAUUGCUUCUCUCCUCCCUGCCCUUGAUUUCCCACACCCCUGCCCUCGUUUCCUAUCAUCCAUGCCCCUCCCCCUGCCCGUUGCUGCCCCUCCCCUUGCCCCCUCAACUCCCCUGCCCCCCGUACACCCCAAGUCCCAUCCAACCGCCCCCACCCUCCCCCGGCUGCCCGUUUCCGCUCUCCACCCCCGCGACCGUGUGCGGCUUCCAACCGCCCAACGGUGUCACACCCCCUGCCCCCUCAUGCCAUCCGCUCCCCCCGCCCCUACCCUCCGCGUGCCCGCUCCCUUGCCGCCUCUUUUGACCCUCCCUGCCCCCCCUCGCCGUUUCCCACCGCCCGCCAUUCGCUCCUCCCCGCCCGUGCGCUCCCCUCCUUUACCUUCUCCUCCCCCCUCCCCUCCUCUGCUGCACGCCUCUUCCUUCCCCUCGCCGACCCACUCCACUCCCUGCCCCUCCUCAAUCCGCACCCUGCCCCUCGUAUCUCGCCCCCCUAUGCUUGGUUUCUCCCCUCCCUGCCCCUCGCCGCCUUUCCCCGCUCCCCACCUCCCCCCUCUCCCUGCCCCCCCCACUCUCCCCCCCCCUUGUCCUUGGCUUCCUACCUCCCUGCCUCACCUUUCCCCCCUCCGUGUGCUCAGCUUCUCCCCUCCCUGCCCCUCCCUCCUCCCCGCCCUGCCCCUCAUUUUCCGCCCCCCCCCCCCCCCACGCCCGGUUUCUCCCCUCCCCGCGCCUCCCUUUCUUUCUCCGUGCCUCUCCUUUGCUCCCUCCCUGCCCCCGCCUGCCCAUGCCCCUGUCUUUGGCUUCUCCCCUCCCUGCCCCACGUUUCUUCCCUCCCUGCCCCCCGUCUGCCCCUCCCUUGUUUUCCCCUCACCCAUUGCUUCUCUCCUCCCUGCCCUUGAUUUCCCACACCCCUGCCCUCGUUUCCUAUCAUCCAUGCCCCUCCCCCUGCCCGUUGCUGCCCCUCCCCUUGCCCCCUCAACUCCCCUGCCCCCCGUACACCCCAAGUCCCAUCCAACCGCCCCCACCCUCCCCCGGCUGCCCGUUUCCGCUCUCCACCCCCGCGACCGUGUGCGGCUUCCAACCGCCCAACGGUGUCACACCCCCUGCCCCCUCAUGCCAUCCGCUCCCCCCGCCCCUACCCUCCGCGUGCCCGCUCCCUUGCCGCCUCUUUUGACCCUCCCUGCCCCCCCUCGCCGUUUCCCACCGCCCGCCAUUCGCUCCUCCCCGCCCGUGCGCUCCCCUCCUUUACCUUCUCCUCCCCCCUCCCCUCCUCUGCUGCACGCCUCUUCCUUCCCCUCGCCGACCCACUCCACUCCCUGCCCCUCCUCAAUCCGCACCCUGCCCCUCGUAUCUCGCCCCCCUAUGCUUGCUUCUCCCCUCCCUGCCCCUCCCUCCUCCCCGCCCUGCCCCUCAUUUUCCGCCCCCCCCCCCCCACGCCCGGUUUCUCCCCUCCCCGCGCCUCCCUUUCUUUCUCCGUGCCUCUCCUUUGCUCCCUCCCUGCCCCCGCCUGCCCAUGCCCCUGUCUUUGGCUUCUCCCCUCCCUGCCCCACGUUUCUUCCCUCCCUGCCCCCCGUCUGCCCCUCCCUUGUUUUCCCCUCACCCAUUGCUUCUCUCCUCCCUGCCCUUGAUUUCCCACACCCCUGCCCUCGUUUCCUAUCAUCCAUGCCCCUCGUUUCCCCCCUUUGUACGUUCAGCCUCUUCCCUCCCUGCCCCUCCCUUCCUCCCCCCCUGCCCUUUGCUCUCCCCUCGUUACGCUCCCUUCUCCCAUCCCUGCUGCCCUCUUACCACCAUCAGCCCAUCCCCACGACCAGCCCCCCUCCCACCCUUCAAUCCCCCCCUCCCUCUCUCUCUCUCUCUCUCUCUCUCUCUCUCUUUCUCACACACACACACACACACGCACACUCCCCUCCCCCAUCCCCCCCCACCUACAUCCUCCCAUUCUGCCCCUCCCUGCCCCUUUCCCACCCCCUCGCACGCCCCUCACCUCCCACCUCCGUGCAACUGCCCCUGCCCGUUGCUGCCCCUCCCCUUGCCCCCUCAACUCCCCUGCCCCCCGUACACCCCAAGUCCCAUCCAACCGCCCCCACCCUCCCCCGGCUGCCCGUUUCCGCUCUCCACCCCCGCGACCGUGUGCGGCUUCCAACCGCCCAACGGUGUCACACCCCCUGCCCCCUCAUGCCAUCCGCUCCCCCCGCCCCUACCCUCCGCGUGCCCGCUCCCUUGCCGCCUCUUUUGACCCUCCCUGCCCCCCCUCGCCGUUUCCCACCGCCCGCCAUUCGCUCCUCCCCGCCCGUGCGCUCCCCUCCUUUACCUUCUCCUCCCCCCUCCCCUCCUCUGCUGCACGCCUCUUCCUUCCCCUCGCCGACCCACUCCACUCCCUGCCCCUCCUCAAUCCGCACCCUGCCCCUCGUAUCUCGCCCCCCUAUGCUUGGUUUCUUCCCCUCCCUGCCCCUCGCCGCCUUUCCCCGCUCCCCACCUCCCCCCUCUCCCUGCCCCCCCCACUCUCCCCCCCCCUUGUCCUUGGCUUCCUACCUCCCUGCCUCACCUUUCCCCCCUCCGUGUGCUCAGCUUCUCCCCUCCCUGCCCCUCCCUCCUCCCCGCCCUGCCCCUCAUUUUCCGCCCCCCCCCCCCCACGCCCGGUUUCUCCCCUCCCCGCGCCUCCCUUUCUUUCUCCGUGCCUCUCCUUUGCUCCCUCCCUGCCCCCGCCUGCCCAUGCCCCUGUCUUUGGCUUCUCCCCUCCCUGCCCCACGUUUCUUCCCUCCCUGCCCCCCGUCUGCCCCUCCCUUGUUUUCCCCUCACCCAUUGCUUCUCUCCUCCCUGCCCUUGAUUUCCCACACCCCUGCCCUCGUUUCCUAUCAUCCAUGCCCCUCGUUUCCCCCCUUUGUACGUUCAGCCUCUUCCCUCCCUGCCCCUCCCUUCCUCCCCCCCUGCCCUUUGCUCUCCCCUCGUUACGCUCCCUUCUCCCCAUCCCUGCUGCCCUCUUACCACCAUCAGCCCAUCCCCACGACCAGCCCCCCUCCCACCCUUCAAUCCCCCCCCUCCUCUCUCUCUCUCUCUCUCUCUCUCUCUCUUUCUCACACACACACACACACACGCACACUCCCCUCCCCCACCCCCCCCACCUACAUCCUCCCAUUCUGCCCCUCCCUGCCCCUUUCCCACCCCCUCGCACGCCCCUCACCUCCCACCUCCGUGCAACUGGUUUCCCCCCUAUGGUGCCACCCUUGCAUCGCUCGCCCCUCUGCUCACCCUCUGCCCGCCCCUUUUCCGUGCCCUCAGUUGGCCCAGCCCCUGCCCGUUGCUGCCCCUCCCCUUGCCCCCUCAACUCCCCUGCCCCCCGUACACCCCAAGUCCCAUCCAACCGCCCCCACCCUCCCCCGGCUGCCCGUUUCCGCUCUCCACCCCCGCGACCGUGUGCGGCUUCCAACCGCCCAACGGUGGUGCGCACGGGGCUCCACACCCCUGCCCCCUCAUGCCAUCCGCUCCCCCCGCCCCUACCCUCCGCGUGCCCGCUCCCUUGCCGCCUCUUUUGACCCUCCCUGCCCCCCCUCGCCGUUUCCCACCGCCCGCCAUUCGCUCCUCCCCGCCCGUGCGCUCCCCUCCUUUACCUUCUCCUCCCCCCUCCCCUCCUCUGCUGCACGCCUCUUCCUUCCCCUCGCCGACCCACUCCACUCCCUGCCCCUCCUCAAUCCGCACCCUGCCCCUCGUAUCUCGCCCCCCUAUGCUUGCUUCUCCCCUCCCUGCCCCUCCCUCCUCCCCGCCCUGCCCCUCAUUUUCCGCCCCCCCCCCCCCCACGCCCGGGUUUCUCCCCUCCCCGCGCCUCCCUUUCUUUCUCCGUGCCUCUCCUUUGCUCCCUCCCUGCCCCCGCCUGCCCAUGCCCCUGUCUUUGGCUUCUCCCCUCCCUGCCCCACGUUUCUUCCCUCCCUGCCCCCCGUCUGCCCCUCCCUUGUUUUCCCCUCACCCAUUGCUUCUCUCCUCCCUGCCCUUGAUUUCCCACACCCCUGCCCUCGUUUCCUAUCAUCCAUGCCCCUCGUUUCCCCCCUUUGUACGUUCAGCCUCUUCCCUCCCUGCCCCUCCCUUCCUCCCCCCCUGCCCUUUGCUCUCCCCUCGUUACGCUCCCUUCUCCCCAUCCCUGCUGCCCUCUUACCACCAUCAGCCCAUCCCCACGACCAGGCCCCCCCUCCCACCCUUCAAUCCCCCCUCCCUCUCUCUCUCUCUUCCUCUCUCUCUCUUUCUCACACGCACACACACACGCACACUCCCCUCCCCCACCCCCCCCACCUACAUCCUCCCAUUCUGCCCCUCCCUGCCCCUUUCCCACCCCCUCGCAUAGCCCUCACCUCCCACCUCCGUGCAACUGGUUUCCCCCCUAUGGUGCCACCCUUGCAUCGCUCGCCCCUCUGCUCACCCUCUGCCCGCCCCUUUUUCCGUGCCCUCAGUUGGCCCAGCCCCUGCCGUUGCUGCCCCUCCCCUUGCCCCCUCAACUCCCCUGCCCCCCGUACACCCCAGUCCCAUCCAACCGCCCCCACCCUCCCCCGGCUGCCCGUUUCCGCUCUCCACCCCCGCGACCGUGUGCGGCUUUCCAACCGCCCAACGGUGGUGCGCACGGGGCGUUUCUUUCGCAUGGGCAAGCCUCCCCGGGGCCCCCACACCCCGCUGUCACACACCCCCUGCCCCCUCAUGCCAUCCGCUCCCCCCGCCCCUACCCUCCGCGUGCCCGCUCCCUUGCCGCCUCUUUUGACCCUCCCUGCCCCCCCUCGCCGUUUCCCACCGCCCGCCAUUCGCUCCUCCCCGCCCGUGCGCUCCCCUCCUUUACCUUCUCCUCCCCCCCUCCCCUCCUCUGCUGCACGCCUCUUCCUUCCCCUCGCCGACCCACUCCACUCCCUGCCCCUCCUCAAUCCGCACCCUGCCCCUCGUAUCUCGCCCCCCUAUGCUUGGUUUCUCCCCUCCCUGCCCCUCGCCGCCUUUCCCCGCUCCCCACCUCCCCCCUCUCCCUGCCCCCCCCACUCUCCCCCCCCCCUUGUCCUUGGCUUCCUACCUCCCUGCCCUCACCUUUCCCCCCUCCGUGUGCUCAGCUUCUCCCCUCCCUGCCCCUCCCUCCUCCCCGCCUGCCCCUCAUUUUCCGCCCCCCCCCCCCCACGCCCGGUUUUCUCCCCUCCCCGCGCCUCCCUUUCUUUCUCCGUGCCUCUCCUUUGCUCCCUCCCUGCCCCCGCCUGCCCAUGCCCUGUCUUUGGCUUCUCCCCUCCCUGCCCCACGUUUCUUCCCUCCCUGCCCCCCGUCUGCCCUCCCUUGUUUUCCCCCUCACCCAUUGCUUCUCUCCUCCUGCCCUUGAUUUCCCACACCCCUGCCCUCGUUUCCUAUCAUCCAUGCCCCUCGUUUCCCCCCUUUGUACGUUCAGCCUCUUCCUCCCUGCCCCUCCCUUCCUCCCCCCCUGCCACUUUGCUCUCCCCUCGUUACGCUCCCUUCUCCCCAUCCCUGCUGCCCUCUUACCACCAUCAGCCCAUCCCCACGACCAGCCCCCCUCCACCCUUCAAUCCCCCCUCCCUCUCUCUCUCUCUCUCUCAUCUCUCUUCUCUCCCCCUGCCCGUUGCUGCCCCUCCCCUUGCCCCCUCAACUCCCCUGCCCCCCUGUACACCCCAAGUCCCAUCCAACCGCCCCCACCCUCCCCCCGGCUGCCCGUUUCCGCUCUCCACCCCCGCGACCGUGUGCGGCUUCCAACCGCCCAACGGUGGUGCGCACGGGGCGUUUCUUCGCAUGGGCAAGCCUCCCCGGGGGCCCCCCACCCCGCUGGGUCGUUUCACACACCCCCUGCCCCCUCAUGCCAUCCGCUCCCCCCGCCCCUACCCUCCGCGUGCCCGCUCCCUUGCCGCCUCUUUUGACCCUCCCUGCCCCCCCUCGCCGUUUCCCACCGCCCGCCAUUCGCUCCUCCCCGCCCGUGCGCUCCCCUCCUUUACCUUCUCCUCCCCCCUCCCCUCCUCUGCUGCACGCCUCUUCCUUCCCCUCGCCGACCCCUCCACUCCCUGCCCCUCCUCAUCCGCACCCUGCCCCUCGUAUCUCGCCCCCCUAUGCUUGGUUUCUCUCCCUCCCUGCCCCUCGCCGCCUUUCCCCGCUCCCCACCUCCCCCCUCUCCCUGCCCCCCCCACUCUCCCCCCCCCUUGUCCUUGGCUUCCUACCUCCCUGCCUCACCUUCCCCCCUCCGUGUGCUCAGCUUCUCCCCUCCCUGCCCCUCCCUCCUCCCCGCCCUGCCCCUCAUUUUCCGCCCCCCCCCCCCCCACGCCCG